UUUAUUUGUGGUGGUCUUUGGUUGUCUUGAUCUGCUCGCUGUGUUGUGUUGAAUUAGAGAAGAAUAAAAAAAAUUUUGAUGGAAACUUCGCUUAGUAAUUGCAAAUGAAAUGGAAUGUCCCCAUCUCAAUAAUCAAAUUAAAAUCGUUAAAACGGUGAAGAAAGAUUCGUCAUCAGAAUGGCUGUGUUCUUCUUGCCAAACGAAUAAAAGUCCAUGGAUUUGCAUUCAUUGUGGAGUUGUGAAUUGUGGAAGAUAUGUCAAUGGACAUGCUAAAGCACACUUUGAGGAGAAUUCUGAUCAUAUGAUCUGUAUGGAUUGUGAUAAUUUUGCUGCUUAUUGUUAUGUAUGUGAUGACUUUGUAGUUAAUAACACUAAAGAACUGAACUCUUUACGUGAACGAUUUCAAUCUUCAAAUGAAUCAGAAUGUGCUAAACCUGUGAAAAGACAAAGUAUAAUAGUUGAAGAAGAAGAGAACAAAAGGUGUAAAAGACAUAAAAAGGGUGUAAAUAAAAAAAGCUAUUGCAAGGCUCGAGUCUCUGGUCUUAGAAAUUUAGGAAACACUUGUUUUAUGAAUGCUGUUUUACAGUCUUUAAGCAACAUCCAACAGUUUUCUUGUUAUUUCAAGGAAUUACCAUCCUUAGAGUACAAAAAUCAUAAAAAUGGAAAGAAAAAUAAUCAUAUCAAGAAGGAUAACAGUGGUGCUGAAAUGCUUUUGGCAGAGGAAUUAAGAAAAACUCUUAUUUCUCUAAGACAAGGAAGUAAAAGUGCUAUUUCACCAGAGUCACUUUUUGCUGUAAUUUGGAAAGUUGUCCCUAGAUUUAGAGGAUAUCAGCAACAAGAUGCUCACGAAUUUUUAAGAUAUAUGCUAGACAGGCUUCAUAUGGAACUCCUUAAUAUUUUACCUUAUCCAAAAGAUAACAAUGCAUUUUUUAUUGGAGCUAAGGGAAAAGCUACAAUAGUAACAACAAUAUUUGGUGGUAUUUUACAAAAUGAAGUGACUUGUUUGGUGUGUGGCACAGAAUCCAAGAAACAUGAUCCCUUCUUAGAUCUUUCUUUAGACAUUCCACAGCAUGCUGUAAUGAAGCCUGUUUCAAAUAAAUCAAAAGAUGAUGAUCUACCUAGCAUCCAGUUAUUAGAUUGCCUAAGUAGUUUUACUGAAUUAGAAGAAUUAGCCGAUAGUGAGUUAUAUCUUUGUCAUAGUUGCAAAUGUAAACAAAGGUCAACAAAAAGGUUUUGGAUUCGACGCUUGCCUAAUGUUCUAUGCUUACAUCUGAAAAGAUUUAGAUGGAAUAAUUUCUUUAGAACGAAAUUAGACAACUAUAUUGAUUUUCCUGUCCAAGGCCUAGAUAUGAAUAAAUUCAUUCUUGUUAAUAGGCAUGAAACUAGAGGAACAUCUAAUGGUAGUACUCUGUAUGAUUUAGCUGCUGUGAUAGUCCACCAUGGCUCAGGUGCUGGAUCAGGCCAUUAUACAGCCUAUGCAACUCAUGAUGGAUGUUGGCAUCAUUUUAAUGACAGUUCUGUGACUGUGACUGAUGUGAAUACUGUUGCCAGCUGCAAGGCUUACAUUCUGUUCUACAUUCGUAGAGAGCUGAAUUUGACACCUUUCAGUGUCUAGAGCCAUCCCAUUUUUUUUUUUUUUCUUAUGCGAUAGACUCCUGGUGUAUAAAAACAUUAUUCUACUGAUGUUUGUGGAUACAUCAAGAAAGCCUUUUUUAAAUGGAGUUAAUAAAAGUAAUCCAUGAGUGCGACUGGUUUAAACAUCAAGAAUAUGGGAAAUGAUUGCUGCCUGUAUAUCAAUGAUGGGAAAAGUAAAACACAUACCAUGAUUGUCUUUACAGUUCUUAAGUAUUGAAAGUGCUAAAUAUUGUUAGCAUACCUGGAAUUGUGUGUCAAAAGAUGUGUUUAAGAAAAUAAGCUUUCCCCUUUUCCUCCCUUGCCUUGCUAAUGAAACCAAUAAUCUUCUGUACCUGCAGGCUAUCUUGAAUAGUGUACAUUUAAACAAAAACUGACAUGGAUACUUCUCUCUGUCAUUAAGUUAUUGAAAUUUGUGAUGAAGAAUGUCGUGCAUGUUUUGUUAAAUGAUAUUUUGGGCCGGUAUUAGUAAGAUUUAUUAGACUUGCUAUGGAUAUGCCACUUAUUAAGUUUUACAACAGUUAACAAGAAAUAUUUGGCAAUAUUUCUCAUUAUUUUAAACCUUUAAUUCAAACCUUAAAAAUGAAAAAAAAAAAAUCACAUUUAAAGUUAAAAUUUUUAAAUAAAAGCAGAAACAUACUAAUGUUUUAAAAGUAAAAAUUUUAUCUCUUCCCAAAUAUUUUAAUUCAAAUCUUAAUAUAAUUUCUUUUAGUAUUCUGAGUGAAAUAAAAUUAUCAGUGUCAUAUGAAAGCACUUUAAAUUUAGAUUUCAAAAAAUGUCAAUCAGUUCCAUAUCUGACGAAUUUAUUACUUUAAAUCAUAUAUUUAUUAUAAAUUUAAAAAGCAUUUAAAUUUUUGUCUUCUUUUGUAAUUUUUUCUAAUGAGAUGCAAGGUGUAUUGUUUGAUUUAGUGAAAACUAAAACAAAAUUUUAUUAUAUGCAUUUAUUGAUACAUUUUUAAGCGCAUUUUCGACAGGACUAUUUUCAUAUGGUUCUAUCAAAUAUGUAUAUAUGUUUGUUUCCUUCCAUGUGUAUGUUCUGCUAUAAUUUAUGUGUACCUCAAGUAAAAUGGAGAAUUAUUCUUGCAUGAACCUGAGUCUUCCUGUGUACAAAUAUUUCCUUGAAACAGCAAAUGGCAGCAUUGAAACUACAUAUUUUUUUAUUAAAUUCAUCUAAGUUAAAUGAUGAUUAUCUGACCAUUUUUCUUUUCAUUUGUAAGGCAUUAAAACUAUAUGUGUUUUCAUAAGGUAUUCAUUUGUACUUAAAAUGGCAUUUUGUUUUUGAAAUAAAAACAAUAAUUGAAUAAAUCUGAAAAUUACAGAAGAAGGUGACAUUCUGUACAAUUUAAACAUGAAAAAAUUUUCUUUUUUGUGGUUGUGAAAAUAAUCAAAAGGUCUUAUUAACACAUAUUAAAUGUAUUAUUUAUUUUGUUACAUAUUUCUGGAAAUAUUAUUUUUUUAGACCAAAUUUUAUUUUUAGAGCAUGAACUUCAUUGUUUUAUUUGUAUUUUUAUUACAGUUGUAAGUUUUUGACCUUUAAUGAAAAAAAUAUAAACCGUAAUAUUUUCAUGCAGUGAAAUAUAGUGCAUUUAAGCUGUCUUAACUCAUUCCAUCGAUCUUAUUGGUGAUUUUUUUCUUAAAAAAGAAUUGAUGUCGCAUUUGCAUUCCAUUUACUUUUUGGGUUAAAACAGAAUUUCAUGCUGUAUAUCAACUGUUUUGAUAGAGAAGUUUAUAAUUAUUAUUUGUAGUUAUUUUUGUGAAGCAUUAUGCAAGCAUUACUUAUAAAAGUUUAAGAUAUAAAUUUCAAUAAAAAGUUUAAUUUUGCAAAUAUAUUAAGAGGAAUGUCAGAUAAUCAAUUUUACACUUAGUGAAUGUACUUUUCAUAUUUGUGUGUCUGUGCUUAUUUGUAGCAUUGUAACAUGCAUGUUUCAUUUUUUAAAUAAACCAUGCUGAUAUGUUAAAAAGUUUCAAUAAAAAUGUUGAAUUAAAAGUUACUUAUGUCCUUUCUGAGUUUGCCCUCCUGUAAUAGCAUGACAUUUUAUGACCAAUUGGCUUUCAGGAUCAAUAGUAUGAUUGAUAUAGAAACUCAGGCUUUGCAAAAAUAUGUGUAUAAAGAAAAAAAAUUUAAAAAAAGGAAUUAUUUUUCAUAUAAAAAUAAAUAGUACAAAACCUAAGUGUGAUAAAUAUUGUAUUAAAAAUAACCUAUAUCUAGUUUUUUCCUGUCUAUGUUUUUAAAUAUUGCAGCAUGUAAAUACAUAAAU